GCAUUAUAUAAAGCCAGAAGCACUCAUCAAACACUCACACAUUUCUUCCCCUCUCAUCUCAUUCUAUAUAUUGCGGCUGUUGAAUCAGGAAAACAUGUCUCACAGGAAAUUCGAGCAUCCUCGUCACGGUUCUCUUGGAUUUCUCCCUAGGAAGCGUGCUGCUCGUCAUCGCGGAAAAGUGAAAGCUUUCCCAAAAGACGAUCCUACCAAACCAUGCAGGUUGACUGCUUUUGUGGGUUACAAGUCUGGUAUGACCCAUAUAGUUAGGGAGGUGGAGAAACCUGGAUCAAAACUUCAUAAGAAAGAGACAUGUGAAGCUGUCACUAUCAUUGAAACUCCCCCAAUUGUUGUUGUUGGAGUGGUAGGAUAUGUGAAGACUCCACGAGGCCUUCGCACACUCAAUACUGUUUGGGCUCAGCAUCUCAGUGAAGAUGUCAAGCGACGAUUCUACAAGAACUGGGCCAAAUCAAAGAAGAAGGCUUUUACCAAGUAUACCAAAAAAUAUGAAACUGAUGAAGGAAAGAAAGAUAUUCAAACUCAGCUGGAGAAAUUGAAGAAGUAUGCCACUGUUAUCCGUGUUCUUGCUCAUACUCAGGUAAGGAAGUUGAAGGGUCUGAAACAAAAGAAAGCUCAUUUGAUGGAGAUCCAAGUUAAUGGUGGAACAGUAAACCAGAAGGUGGACUAUGCAUACAAUUUCUUUGAAAAGCAAAUCCCAGUGGAUGCAGUUUUCCAAAAAGAUGAGAUGAUUGAUAUCAUUGGAGUAACUAAAGGUAAAGGUUAUGAAGGUGUUGUAACUCGUUGGGGCGUCACUCGGCUUCCUCGAAAGACUCACAGAGGUCUUAGGAAGGUUGCUUGUAUUGGUGCCUGGCACCCUGCCCGUGUUUCAUUCACAGUUGCCAGGGCUGGUCAGAAUGGAUAUCAUCACCGUACUGAGCUGAAUAAGAAGAUCUACAAGGUUGGCAAGCAGGACCAAGAGUCACAUACAGCCAUCACUGAAUUUGACAGGACUGAGAAGGAUAUUACUCCUAUGGGUGGAUUCCCUCAUUAUGGUGUGGUGAAUCAUGAUUAUCUUAUGAUCAAGGGAGGCUGUGUUGGACCAAAGAAGCGUGUUGUCACUCUUCGCCAGUCACUACUCAAGCAGACCUCUCGAUUGGCUCUUGAGGACAUCAAACUGAAGUUCAUUGACACCUCUUCCAAGUUUGGACAUGGCCGCUUCCAGACUACUCAGGAGAAACAGAAGUUUUAUGGUCGUUUGAAAGCUUAGUUUAUUCUGCUUUUGUGACGUUUAUCAGUAUUGUUAGGAGAAGUCAAUCAAAUUUUGCAUCCAAACAAGACAUUUAGUGGUUUUUGUUAUUUUUUAGUCGGUUGUUGUUUACAUUUCCCUUAUCGAGAACACAGUUUUGUUCUUUACUUUGGAACACCUUUUGUGGUUAUAAUUAUAUCAGCUAAAUGUUGAUGGUUUUGAAUA